AGCAGCGCGGGCGGACUCCUCCAAGCGGGCUCGGUCUUCAAGGCUCAACGGAGAGCGAAUGUCGUCAUGAGCGAACAACAGGACAGCAUGGCCACCACUGUUGCUGUCAGUCCCAGCGAAUACCUUCAGCCCUCCACCGCCGCCACACAAGACACUCAGCCCUCUCCUCUGGCCCUCCUGGCUGCCACCUGCAGUAAAAUCGGCCCCCCUGCUGCUCAGGCUCCCGUCACCUCUCCUCCAGCUCAGCCGCAGCCUCGCAGGCUCCUCCCUAUAAAGCCGGCUCCGAUCGCCCCCGCCCCGCCCAAAAACCUGGGCUUCCUGUCAACCAAGGGCAAUGUGAUCCAGCUCCCUGCCGGUUUGGGCUCCACGGCCUCCGGCAGCCCCAUCGUGCUCACGAUCCAGCAGAGCCCGGCUCGCACCAACACCGCCGCCCCCGCCAACAUCCAGUACCAGAUGAUGCCUCAGAUCCAAGGGGCCCAGACCAUCCAGAUGAUGCCACAGGGGGGUCAGAUCCAGCUCAUACCGGGCACCAACCAGGCCAUCAUCACCACCCCCAUGACGGUGCCGGCGCCGGCGGCCGCCACCGCUCCCAUCACGCCACAGAAGACAGUGGCCAUCAAACCCUCGCCCAAAAUACGGAAGUCAAACAACACCGCCGCCAACAUGGUGCAGCUCCCCGGGGGGCUCACGCUGCCGAUCAACGUGGCCACAGGAGAGGUGGGCGGGACUCAGAUCAUCACGGAGACGACGGCGGCAGCUCCCGCUUCAGGAAAGGGACGACGAGGGAGGAAGAAGAAAGUGGUUCUGGCUGCUCAGCCUCCUCCUGCACAGGCGGCCUCGCCUCCCCCGGAGCAGAUGGAGACGAUCCUGAUAGAAGCUGGAGACAACAUCAUCCAGGCAGGAAACAACCUGCUGAUCGUUCAGAGUCCCGGACAGCCAGCCAUGGUGCAGCAGGUCCAGCUGGUCCAACCCAAACACGAGUCUCCGGUGGUCCAGAUCCCCCAGCAGGCCCUGAAGGUGGUUCAGGCCGCCUCCGCCACACUGCCGCAAGUCCCGCAGAGACAGUCGGUGCCCUCCAACCUGCAGGUCGCCACGGCAGACCCGACACCCACACAGAUCCUCUUCAAAACAGCAUCGGGCGAGUGGCAGUCUGUUCAGAUCCAGGACACGGUCUCCACGACGACGACUCCCACAACUUCCAUUGUCACCACCACCACCUCCGCCUCCUCCCCGAUGCCCACCGCCGGCACCAAGAGGACGCUGGCCGGGGGGCGUAAGGAGCGCACUCUGGCUAAAAUCGCCCCGGCGGGAGGAAUCAUCGCGUUGAACCCGUCGCAGCUCUCGUCGGCGACCCAGGCGGUGCAGACGAUCAGCAUCAACGGGGUCCAGGUUCAGGGGGUUCCCGUCACCAUAACGAACGCAGGAGGCCAGCAGCACCUGACCGUGCAGACGAUGCAGGGGGGGGGGCUCCAGCUGGCGACGGCGCAGGGCCAGUCGGCCAUCCAGGUGGAUCAGACGCUGACUCUGGAGCUUCCUGGCCAGCCAGGAGAGAAGAAGCGACGCAUGGCCUGCACCUGCCCGAACUGUAAAGACGCAGAAAAAAGGCCCGGCGAGGUGGGGAAGAGAAAGCACAUCUGCCACGUCCCAGGCUGUGAGAAGACCUUCAGGAAAACGUCACUGCUCAGAGCUCACGUCCGGCUGCACACCGGCGAGCGGCCCUUCGUCUGCAACUGGGUUUUCUGCGGGAAACGUUUCACGCGUAGCGACGAGCUGCAGCGGCACGCCAGGACGCACACAGGAGACAAGCGCUUCGAAUGCAGCCAGUGUCAGAAACGCUUCAUGAGGAGCGACCACCUGACGAAGCAUUACAAGACUCACAUAAACACCAAGAACCUGUGAGCAGACAGACUCUCAUAAACUUAAGACUGUGUUAGAGGAAGGAGGUGCGGAGGAGGAGAGCUUAUACCAAGAGGGAGUGUCUGUGACUUGUCCCAUAGUGGGACAUACUCCAAAAAAAAAAAAGAAGAAAAAAAGUCUGUAUAUCUCUUCUCUCACUCCUCUGGGACACUUCGUAGAGUGGUGCACAAAACAAAUCCUUCCUGGUGGACUUAAAACUGAUCCAGCAAAUUUAUUAAUAAUAGUUUGUUUUUUGUUUUUUUUCCCUGGUCUGAGCGGAGACCAGCACCAGCUCCGCCUGAAAAGAUGAUGAGAUGAUGGCGUUGAGGCCUCAGACACACAUGCUCGACUCUACUUGCUUAUUUAUGAACUUCUCUGAGGGAAGAUUUCCCCACAGAUGAUUAUUCAGAUGCCAAAACACCCAACACCCAACACCCACAGUACUCCAGUCACAGUUUCCCUUCUUUGUCUUCUAUUUGUUUUUUUUAUUCCCUCAACUUCUGAUUGGUUUUACUUGCACACGUUUUAUUUAUAUAUAUAUUUACACAUUUCUUUGUUGAACGACAGGAGCUCCCAGAAAUUGGCAUCAAACAAAUUCGACACAAGAAUUGUAAAUUUAACAGAAUAAUUCAUUAUUUUACCUCAGACAAAGAUAGUUUUGUUUUAAGCUGUUUGUGUUUCAACAGUCUGCUGAUUUAAAAACUUGUAUACCCAAAAACGUUGGGGACCAUUAAAUGAAAUUCACUGGACAAAACUGUUGAAAACCUUUGACAUCAGUUUACAUUAGCAAAAUAAUAAGUAUGUAUGUGCUUACCAUACAUAAUAUUAAUAAAGUUAAUAAACUAUAACAUUUUUCAAUACAAUUGUUAAUUGUUUCACAAAAUAGGGAAUGUGGGAGAUCUUAACAUACAAAAAAAUGAAACAGACUAAAUGAGACUUCAAACUAGCAGGCUUAAACAGUUUACAGCAGAGAUUAAAAAAAGCUGUAAAAAAAAAACUUUUACAUAUUAAAAUGUAAAUCUACAUUUCUACUAUCUGUAAUCUACAUGUAUGUAAGUUGUAAAGCUUUGACGUGGAUACAGAUCAAGCUGUAAAGAGCGACCUGAGACCUGACAUCUCUAAUGGCAACGUUUCAGAUCCUCAGAACAGCCAACAGCACCUCAGGCUCAUAAAAAGGGUUUAAUAUGCAGUGAGGGACCAGAACUCACUGUGCCUUUAAAAAAAAAAAGAAAAAAAGUUGUUGUUCAAACUGUUUAAAAAUUA